AUGUCCUCCAGCAGAGGCUCCGACCAAACCAGCCUCCGAUUCGGCGUAGAACUCGAGCUCGUCCUGCGAAGCAAGCACGAAACCCACGACAGCUUCGCCAGUAUUGCCUCUGAGCUCCACCAACAUCUCCGAAAUGCAGGCAUUUCCAACCACAUUGGCGAUAUUGCCCAGAAAGCCCACACCAGCCCGAAAUACGAUGACUGGACGAUAAUCCAAGACUCUACGCUCCCGUCUAAGCCGGAUAAGAAUCUGUUCGGCAUCGAACUAGUCUCCCCCAUCUUCCACUUCCCCCACAUGUCCCUCUGGCUUCCCAACCUCCACUCCCUCUGGCACGUCCUCACCACCCAUUUCUCCGUCCACCCAACCCCCGAAUGCAGCACCCACAUCCAUCUCUCCCCUUCCCCUUCCCCCUCUUCCCAUUCCUCUUCAAACAACGCCGCCGACAAACCAACAUGGACCCUCCCCUCAACAAAAUCCCUCGCCAAAUCCACCAUCCACUUCGAACGCGCCCUCGACGCCCUCGUCCCCGGCCACCGCCGUACCAACCCGUACUGCAUGAGUAACCGGCGUAAUGCCGCCUACGCUACUUUAUCCCAAUCCCAGAUUUUCGCUGAUAUUGAUGCCGCGAAGACGCUGGAGGAGUUGGGGGAAAGGAUGUGUUCCUGCUCGAGGGAGUCUGUGCACGCGAAGAAUCUCAUGAUGAUGGGGGAUGAGGGGGAGGAGGGGGAAGGGUUUGAACACCCGCAUUUUAAAUGGAAUUUUACGCGUCUCAUAGAAGGGACGAAAACGGUGGAGUUCCGCCUCCCGCCUGCGUCUAGGGGGGUGAGGGAUACUGUAGCGUGGGUGGUAUUCACUGUGAUGUUCGCACAAUGGGCUGUCGAGCGCGGGGGGGUGGUUCUCGAGGCUGAUGCGAAAGGGGGGAAGGUCGGGGAGUUGGGGGAGUUGAAGAGGGUGGUGGUGAACGGGGCGAGGGGGAGUGGGGUUGCGCGGGAGGUGGUAGGUUGGGUGGAGGGGUUGUUUGAGGGAGUGAGGGCGUUGCCGGCUGUGAGGGUUGAUUUGAAGGGGGUGGGGGAGGGGGAAGUGGAUAAGGAGGCGGGGAGGAUGGGGAUGGAGGUUGGGAGGUGGAGGGAGUUGUUUGGGUAUGAGUAG